AUGGGUUCAGAUAACUGCUCCAUUAUUGACUUCAAGCAAGCCGUGUUUCCUGCUGCCUACCUGCUCAUCUUCAUCCUGGGCAUCGUGGGCCACUCGAUUUCCCUGUUCAUCCUCUUCGGCGUGUGGAGAAAGAAGAAGUCUCUGACCACCGUCAACCUCUUCAUGGUCAAUCUGCUGGUGUCCGACCUCAUGCUGAUUUGCUCUUUGCCAUUGAGAGCAUCAUACUUCCUCUCGGGGUCCAACUGGCAGUUUGGCAAAUUGGCGUGCAGUCUGCUGUUCUACGUUUUUUACCUGAACAUGUACACCUCCAUCUUCUUCUUGAUGUCUCUGGUCAUCAUGCGAUACCUGGCGCUGGCGCAUCCGUAUCGCUUCAUGAGCUUACAGAAAUGCUGCAACAGAUGGACGGUUUGUAUUUUCAUCUGGUUACUCACGGCAUCCAUGUGCAGCCCUCUGCUGGCAAUACGGAGCGGCGAUAAUGAAGCCACCUCCAAAUGCCUGGAGCUUCCCAGUAACACGAGCUCCAUCGAUCAUUUCAUCAGAAUUAAUUACGCCACGCUUCCGUUCUUCGUAGCGCCUCUGACGGUCAUCUUGUUGUGCUCUGUGCUGAUAGCCCACAGGCUGCUCAGGCCCGGCCUCUCUCAGCACACCAUCAGCACAUCGAGAAAAAAAGCUUUUGCUCUGAUCAUCAUCAGCCUGGCCUUCUUCCUCAUUUGUUUCCUACCGUACCACGUCGGCCGAGUGGUGUUUCUACACGCCGAGAGUUACGUGAGUAACGGCACCGGUCCGGAAUCCUGCGGGUACAUCCGAGCCGUGCGUAAGAGCGCAGUGGUGACGCUUUGUCUCUGCACGGCGCACAGCUGCCUGGAUCCCAUCCUGUUUUUCUUUGUCGGGGAGAAUUUCAGAACUUGUUUAACCAAGCUGCUGUGGAGGAAGAAAGCAGACGACAGUAUUAGAUGCCAGGAGGAGGCAGAGCUGAGAAACCAAGAGAAAAUAGAGAGAGACACUUAG